CCAGCUGAUGCACCGGUGAUCGAGCACAUGCAGUAUCAGUGCACGCUGUCGCAACACCGGGGGAGGUUGAGGAUCGGAACGAAUACAUCUGCCAAUUAUCGAUUAUUUUCACAAUAUUCCUGCUGAGGUGAUAGAUCAAUUUGCUGCAACUUAUCUCCCAUCACAUCCCCAACAAUGUGGGAGCAUGGACCAGUGUCAGCCUGGGUGCGAUUCUACAUCUACGCCAUCCAUGGCUACUUUGCAGAAGUCAUGUUCACGGCUGCCUGGGAGUUUGUCGUCAACAUGAACUGGAAGUUCCCCGGUGUGACUAGUGUCUGGUCACUGCUGAUCUACGGGACCUCCAACAUGGUCAUAGAACAUCUGUAUCUACGAUUCAAGGAUAAGAUACCUCUGCCUGUACGUCUCUGCAUGUAUGUUGUCUGGAUAUACCUGUGGGAGUUCUCCACAGGGUUGAUUUUGAGGCAGUUUGGGGCCUGUCCGUGGGACUAUUCGCCGUUUGAUUUUGACUUCUUUGGGCUGAUCACUCUGGAGUAUGCUCCUGCCUGGUUCAUCGGCGCACUGGUAACCGAACAGAUCCUGAUCAAGAAUACACUGCGUUUGUUCUUCCAAGACAGCGUGCAAGGCACCAGGCAGUCGGGGCAGCAAAUCAUGAAUGGUCUGUCUGUGAAGAAUGAUUGAUUCACAUCGUGGAAUUCUAAUCUUAGUCAGUGCUGUAGUCUAGUAGUCCAUCACAAGUCCAUCUUAAAGACUUACAAUGUACAUGUAAAUCUGGUCAAAAGUGGGGCUCAUAAACCCCUGCU